AUGAAAUGUCGGCGCUUUUCGAGAUAUGUGCAUCGAUCCUGGGCUUCUGUGCGGGAGAAGGUAAGCAGAGGUGGUCGCCUGCUGGUCAUUGGCCGUUUUGCCUAUUUGCUGCACUUUAUUGGCUCAAUACUUCUCAUGACAAGCAGUAUUGUGAUCGAAGUGCUGGUCCCCAUCUAUCUGGUGACCAACCUACUCCAUCUGAUCUUCUGCACUGUCUUUGUAAUCGACUACGCAGUGAGCUGCGGCUUCUGCACCUUGGAAACCAUUCCCGUAUUCGUAACACUGAUUUUCAGCGUGUACUUCUGGCUGGUGGCAUACUCCUAUUGGCGACGCCUCCAAUGGGAGAACAAUCCCGAAAACGACGACUGAUGAUGAGGCCAUGAGGGUGAUCAGUAAUUCUGGAUCUUGAGUGUUUAUUUUGUAGCUUUGUGUUUGCUUUUUCAUGUGUACUUUUUUCGUUUUGGCCUUAAUUUCACACUAAUUUGUAAAUUUGCCUUUAAUGCCAAAGACAAAGAGGAAAACGAAAACGAAAACGAAAAGAGCAAAGUUCCGCAAAUUGUUUGUACAGAGAAAUAUUUCGUAUUCACUGCGGAGGCGAAGAAGAAGUAAAUGAAUUGAAGGCAAUCAGAAGCGGCGAGGGGAAAACUAUUUCUAUUGGUUUUCCUUCUCGGUGGAACCCAAUCACUUC